AUGAAAAUAGAAAAUGAAGUGCUGGAAUACGACCCAGACACGGCCGAGCAGCUCCCGCACUGGACAGUCUCUCCCUCACGACAGCAGCAGCAGCAGCAGCAGCAGCAGCAGCAGCAGCAACAACAAAAUCCGCCAUGCCGCUCCUCCCGCCGGACGUCGAAGCCGCGCGAGGCCGCUACCCAACAGCACCCCGACUCGAAACGACGCGGCUUCCACACCUACUUUGUCACCCACUUGCCCUCAUCCUCGAUGCACCCGGACGCGCGGCGCGUCACCGGCCCCGGGCACAAGCUACCCCGCGACGCCUCGACGCCGCAUACGCCGCACCCAGGCGCCGGUCCCGCCGUCGCCCUUCCCAACCUGCCGUCCGGGCGUGAUCUGACAGUGGUGCGCAUCCCGCUGCGGCGCGCCAAGCACCACUUUGGCGCCGCCAGCUCGCGCGGCAGCCGGCCGUACAACGAGGACGCCGACCAGGCGGGCAUCGUCGAUGUGCCCGCCUUUGCCGCGCGCGCGCCCAUGAGCAUCCGCCAGAAGCCAGGCGAGCCCACGCCUGCCGAGAGCCAGUCGGGUGAUCCGCAAGUCUUUUACUUUGGCGUCUUUGAUGGCCACGGCGGCACCCAGUGCGCGGGCUUCCUUCGCGACGAGCUCCACGGCUACAUUGAGGAGGCCGCGGCCACGUUUGGCCUGCAGAGCAGCCUCCGCAAGCGAAAGCCAGGGCGUGAGGCCAACGCGGCUGUCCUCACCAAGGAAAAAGCGUUGAAAUCGGUGCCCCUCAAGACGGCAGAAGAGGUCGAGGCCAAGACGGCAGACGACCCCGACACGGCCUCGCUGCGCCAGGCGCCCAAGCACGGGCAGCCGCUGCCGGGGGAGAACGCCGUGCCGGCCAAGCUGCAGGACUACCCCAAGGCCGUGAAGCUGGAGCGGGACCUCGUGGCCGAGUACGCCACGACCAUUGGCGGCUACUUUCGGCGCUUCAACCCGGAGCACUUUGACCUGUCCGACGACGCCUCGCACAACUCGGUCGUCUCGUUUGAAUCCGCCCUCACCUACGCCUUUCUCCGCGCCGACCUCGACUUUGUGUCCGCGCAGGCGCGCAAGGUUGACCCGGAUGACCCGCACAUGUCGGACGCGCCCGUUAAUAGCGACGAGAUUCUCGGCGCGCCGCACGCCACGCCGUCGGGCCACGGCAUCGGCGGCGCCACGCGCUUCAAGGGCGGCUCGACCGCCUCCGUCGCCCUCAUCUCGACGCCCACGCCGGCACCCUUUUGGCACCCCGCCGCGCAGUCGACGCUACUCGUCGCCCAUGUCGGCGACAGCCGCGUGCUCCUCUGCGAGACGGCCACCGGCCUGCCCCGCGCCCUCACUUCGGACCACCACCCCAGCACACCGACCGAAAGCCGCCGUCUGCGCCGCUACGCGCCCGCCGGCUCCAUGGUCUCGGGCGACAGCUUCGGCGAGGAGCGCAUCGCCGGCCUCGCCAACAGCCGCGCCUUUGGCGACAUUCGCUCCAAGCGCAUCGGCGUCUCCGCCGAGCCCGAGCUCGCCCGCGUCGAGCUCGGCCCCGCCCAGUACGCCUUUCUCGUCCUCAUGAGCGACGGCGUCUGCGGCACGCUCUCCGACCAGGAGAUUGUGGACAUUGUGAAGGAGGCCAAGACGCCUGAGCAGGGCGCCCGCGCUGUCGUCGACUACGCUACCGAGGUGUCGGACGAUGGUGACAAUGCCACCUGCCAGGUCGUCCGCCUCGGCGGCUGGGAGCGCCGCUCCGAGGGCGGCCUGGGACCCAUUGGCACCAAGGAGGUGCGUGACAUUCGUCGCAAGGAAGCUCUGGAUCCGCGACGCGGCAAGCAAUGA